GACGCGUUUGUGAAACACGUGAUUAUAUCUAAAUCCUCGCCGGUAUUCGCGCUGUCAGUUUCCGACGACUCUAUGAAUAGUCUUGUGAAUCGCAUUCAUGACGCGUUUGUGAAACACGUGAUUAUAUCUAAAUCCUCGCCGGUAUUCGCGCUGUCAGUUUCCGGCGACUCUAUGAAUAGUCUCGUGAAUCGCAUUCAUGUAAUUCUCGAGGCCAACAGAUUUCAGAGGUUCAGAGGCUACAUGGAGUAUAUGCUUCAAUCGGCGCUACUAUACCCGCGGCUCAUAUCACAUUUAAAUGAAAAUAAGCAGUUUUCACAAACGGAUGUGUUUUACGAGAAGGUAUCCUUCAAAAAGUUUAAUGAAUUGAUGAAUAAUAGUGUCGAUUGGCUCAACAUAACAAACACUGUAUACAAGGAAUUGAAUGAAACAAUUCGUAUGAAAAGCGAUGAUUUGGUGAUCAUUCAAGACAUUAAUUAUUAUAUAAAUGUGACACAACUGUUGACCACAACUCCCAAUAGAGUUAUUUCCAACUAUUUCGGCUGGAAAUUAGUUAUGAAUUUGGGCUCACAUACAACUAAACAGUUCAGGGAUAUUAGAUUCAAAUUCAACCAAUUAUUUACUGGAGUGGAAAAGGAUGUCGAGUUGUGGAGGAGCUGUACGGCCAGCAUAUCGUCUCAAUUGCCAUACGUUUUGAGUCGUCUAUACGUCGACCAACACUUCACACAAUAUGAUAAACAAGAGGUUUUAAGGUAUAUCCGAGACGUUAAGAAAGCUUAUUACGAGUUGAUUGAAGGGAAAGGCUGGUUGGAUAUGAUCACCAGAUUACAAGCUUUUGGGCGCCGAUUUUCACAAACGGAUGUGUUUUAUGAGAAGGUAUCCUUCAAAAGGUUUAAUGAAAUGAUGAAUAAUAGUGUCGAUUGGCUCAACAUAACAAACACGAUAUACAAGGGAUUGAAUGAAACAAUUCGUAUGAAAAGCGAUGAUAUGGUGAUCGUUGAGGAUAAUUAUUAUUAUAUGAAUGUAACACAACUGUUGACCACAACUCCCAAUAGAGUUAUUGCCAACUAUUUCGGCUGGAAAUUAGUUAUGAAUUUGGGCUCACAUACAACCAAACAGUUCAGGGAUAUUAGAUUCAAAUUCUACCAAUUAUUUACUGGAGUGGAAAAGGAUGUCGAGUUGUGGAGGAGCUGUACGGCCAGCAUAUCGUCUCAAUUGCCAUACGUUUUGAGUCGUCUAUACGUCGACCAACACUUCACACAAAAUGAUAGACAAGAGGUUUUAAGGUAUAUCCGAGACGUUAAGAAAGCUUAUUACGAGUUGAUUGAAGGGAAAGGCUGGUUGGAUAUGAUCACCAGAUUACGAGCUUUACAUAAAUUAAAUACAAUGAAUGAGCUUGUUGGAUACCCCGAUUGGGUGCUCAAUAAUCAUGAACUGGACAACUUUUAUCAAUUUAAACAUAGAGUGAAUCCCAAGAAGUCAUUCGAGGCUAUGGUUUAUAUGCAAAGCAAUUGUGUCGCACGAAAUAUGAGAUCAAUUGGACAGCCCGUGGACAUCACUGGAGAGCAAAUGGCCAGGCUCACCUAUCGAAUAUUCCCGGCUACUAUUCUGAAGCCACCCUUUCUAUAUAGCAAUGGUCCGGCUGCUAUCAACUAUGGGGCCAUUGGAUCGACUAUUGGACACGAACUUACCCAUGGGUUUGGUGGUUGGGGUCAGUAUGCAAUGAUGUUUAACAUUUUCAAUUCAUAUGUGAUAUCAUACCUAGGUCUUAAAUACGAUUCAAAUGGAAAUCUAAAUAAUUGGUUCACUAUAUAUUCAGAUGCAAAGUACGAUGAAAAGGCAAAUUGUUUUAUCCAACAAUACUCGAGUGAAUACGUACCGGAAGUUGAUAUGAAUUUGAACGGAAGGAAUACUUUGGGAGAGAAUAUUGCGGACAACGGAGGCCUCAGAGAGUCGUUCCGCGCGUUUCAGACGUACGUCAAGACAUACGGAGAACCACUACGACUGCCAUAUGUCUCGCAAUACACACCACAACAGCUGUAUUUCCUCUCAUACGCAUCCACUAAAUGCAGUCUCAUCCGACAAUUAGCAUUAAACGCUACGAUAUAUAGUGGAUCUCACAGUCCCUACAAAUACCGGGUUAACGUUCCCCUAUCCAACUUUCAGCCCUUUUCCGAUGCCUUUAAUUGUAAAUCUAAUUUUCCAAUGAAUAGAAAAAAUAAUUUAAUUGCAUUCAUAAUAAUUGUGAUUAUUUUAAUCGCCCGAAGCAAACAAACUAUUGAACCCACACCUAACACCAAUUUAUGCCAAUCACCUGUAUGUAAAUCCGCGGGAAUGGCACUGAAUGCCAAUCUCAACGAUUUUGUCGACCCGUGCCAUGACUUCUAUGCGUUCGCGUGCGGGGGUUGGGAGGCGUCCCAUACAUUGCCCGAUGAUAAGAUGUGGUACAAUAGUUUUGAUAUACUCAGAGAUAAUGUUUCCCACGCUAUGAGGAUAUCGUUGAGUAAAAACUGGUCGACAAGUGAUUCAAAUGCUGUGACCUAUGCCUCCGAUCUCUAUAAGGCGUGUAUUGAUGAAGAAACACGUAAUGCCCGGGGAAUGACCCCUCUUAUAGAGGCACUGAAAUCAGUGGGCGGUUGGCCUAUAAUGGGACAGUCGGGUGGCUAUAAUGACAGUGAAUUUAAUUGGAAGGACGCGUUUGUGAAACACGUUAUCACAUCUAAAUCGUCGCCUUUUUCGAGACCAACAUUAGGUAUGUUUCGUAAUCAAUAUAUUAACCCCAAUGGGUAUACGAGUAAAAUUAGGGGCUACAAGAAGUAUAUACUCCAAUCGGUGAACCUAUUGGCGGCUAAUAAUUACAAUUCUACACAAAUCAAUGAUGACAUUAAUAAUAUAUUGGAGUUUGAAACAAAAUUGGCUAAGUUUUCAGUUACUAAUAUAUAUGAACCUGUUACAUUUGAAACAUUUAAUGAAUUGAUGAAUAAUUCUGUCGAUUGGCUGAACAUAACAAACACUGUAUACAAGGAAUUGAAUGAAACAAUUCGUAUGAAAAGCGAUGAUUUGGUGUUCAUUCAAGACAUUUAUUAUUAUAUAAAUGUGACACAACUGUUGACCACAACUCCCAAUAGAGUUAUUGCCAACUAUUUCGGCUGGAAAUUAGUUAUGAAUUUGGGCUCACAUACCACCAAACAGUUCAGGGAUAUUAGUUUUGAAUUCAACCAAUUAUUUACUGGGCUGGAAAAGGAUGUCGAGUUGUGGAGGAGCUGUACGGCCAGCAUAUCGUCUCAAUUGCCAUACGUUUUGAGUCGUCUAUACGUUGACCAACACUUCACACAAAGUGAUAGACAAGAGGCUUUAAAUUAUGUACGAGAUGUUAAGAAAGCUUAUUAUGAGUUGAUUGAAGGGAACGACUGGUUGGACACAAACACCCGCUAUAGAGCUCUAAAUAAAUUGAAAAAUAUGAAUGAACUUGUUGGGUAUCCCGAUUGGGUGCUUACUACACAUAAACUGGAUAACUAUUAUCAAUUAAAACUUAGAGUGAAUCCCAAGAAGUCAUUCGAGGCUAUGGUUUAUAUGCAAAGCAAUAAUGUCUUACGAAAUAUGCAAUCAAUUGGACAACUCGUGGACACAAUUAAAGAUUGGCCACAAUCACCUAUCAAUGUGAACGCAUACCACGAUUACGAAUCCAAUUCUAUAAUAUUGCCGGCCACUAUUCUGAAACCACCUUAUCUAUAUAGCAAUGGCCCGGCUGCCAUCAACUAUGGGGCCAUUGGAUGGACUAUCGGACACGAGCUAACUCAUGGAUUUGAUCAUUGGGUAUGGAUUACCAUGUACAUUUUCUUUAAGAUUAAUAUCGGAUAUUAUACAUUAGGUGUUAAAUACGAUUCAAAGGGAAAUCGAAAUGAUUGGUUACAAAUAUAUUCAGAAGUAACGUACCAUGAAAAGGCAAAUUGUUUUAUCCAACAAUACUCGAGUGAAUACGUACCGAAAGUUCAUAUGAAUUUGAACGGAAGGAAUACUUUGGGAGAGAAUAUUGCGGACAACGGAGGCCUCAGAGAGUCGUUCCGCGCGUUUCAGACGUACGUCAAGACAUACGGAGAACCACUACGACUGCCAUAUGUCUCGCAAUACACACCACAACAGCUGUAUUUCCUCUCAUACGCGUCCACUAGAUGUAAUCUCAUCCGACAAACAGCAUUAGCCGGACAAAUAUAUAGUGGAUCUCACAGUCCCAACAAAUACCGGGUUAACGUUCUCUUAUCUAACUUUCAGCCCUUUUCCGAUGCCUUCAAUUGUAAACCCAAUUCCCCGAUGAAUAGGAAAGACAAAUGCAUUUUGUGGUGA